ACACAUCCUCUUUGGCUUUCGCAGUGCGCCACAAUGCUGCCUUCGACGCUCCACACCACAGAGGCCCCGGCGUCCACCCCCCUGCCCGCCAACGCCUCCUCCUUCCUGGACUCGGAGUUCCGGUACGCCCUCUUCCCUCCCGUCUACGGCCUCAUCUUCAUCCUGGGCCUCUUCGCCAACAUCUACGUCCUCUUCGUCAUCCGCUGGCUCCGCGAGGCUCGGGCCAUGGGCGAGAUCCGCAUCUACAUGACCAACCUCACCGUCGCCGACCUGCUGUUCGUGAGCGCGCUGCCGUUUUGGGUGGAUUACUACAGUCGUCGCGGCGAUUGGAUUUAUUCCGACUUCAUGUGCCGUCUAACUGGAACGUUUUUUUUCAUCAACACCUACUCUUCCAUUCUUUUCUUGGGAGCUAUCAGCGUCAACCGGUACUGGGCAGUCGCGCGACCGCUUGACGCCGCAUCUUCAGAUCGUAGAUGCCGCGGGAUCGUGAUUUGCGUCGUUAUUUGGUUAGCGAUAAUUGGCAUGUCCAUUCCAUAUCUGCUGUCACCCGGAACCAACGUCCACUCCGACGGGAAGACGCGCUGUUUCGAAGGCUACCAGGACAGCAGGGAUACGCAAAAACAAAUCGUCGCCGCUACGCAUUUCGGCAUCAUCGGGAUAUUCUUCGUCAUUUUCAUCCUCGUGACCGUCUGCAAUCUCCUCAUCAUGCAAAACCUCCUCACGCAAGCCCCGCCCCAAACCGAGAUACGAUCCAGCACCAUGCUGUCGAGGAAGUCCACGAGAACUUUGUCCAACGCGAAACGUCCGAGAGGCGUGAAGAGGAGGGCGACGCAGAUGUUACUCGCGGUCGUCGGCGUGUUCAUUCUCUGCUUCCUGCCGCAUCACGUGGUCCAGGGUCCAUGGGUGCUGGCGGUGUUGCAGAUUCAGGACGGAUGGGGCCACGUGGAUUGGUCGGCAAAGACGUUGCAGGAUUUGAACGACGCGCAUCAGGUGACGUUGGUGCUGAUGGGGCUGAACUGCAUCCUGGAUCCGGUGGUGUACUAUUUCGCCACAAGGAAAUUCCGCAGGUUCAUCAUGCAGCAUCUGAAGAAGUUUGUCAAAGGAGAAGGCUGCUCCAACACGACCACAUCGCAGGUUUCCAUGGACAGCAAACAUGCGGUACAGCUUCACGAGGUCAACAGAUGAACUGGACAAUAUUGACUCUUUGUAAAUAAAAAAAAAAAAACACUGUUUUAAAAUGUGAAAAAACCAAAACUUAUCCAUUUUAGAUAAUCAGACUGCUCACAGGCUCCUGAAAAUGUGCUCUUUAAGUGCAUUUUGAGUUUUCAGAUGAUCUUAAAACGUUUUUUUAUGGGACAAUUCCGUUUUUCAAGGGACGGUUGGCGACCCUGAUCACAAGCUUCAUUUGAGCAGAGCCGAACGCUGUGGGUGACGUGACACUCGCUUACUCGAAUUACAAGUCUCUUUGUUUAAAUUAAGAGUUAUGGUGCAACAAUAGCUAAAAAAAAUACAGAGGAACUACAUAGACCAUGAUCCUUUGCUCCAUUUCAGUGCAGACGACAAGAAGAAAUAACAGUUCUAACACUUUUAAGUCUUUGUUCUUUGGAUUAAGUCUUGUCGCAUUUUAAGAAGAAAAAGUUGCAUAUUAACAGUUUUGUUUGUAAGCCUCCACAAAAUAUCGCAAUAAAUAUCGUAUCAUGAGAUGUUUAUCGUGAAAAUAUCGUACCGAGACAUUUGGAUAUUGUUACGUCCCUAACCAUAAGCCUUCCCACCAUAUCGCAAUAAAUAUCGUACUGUGAGCGUCAUACCGUGACGAUAUCGUAUCGUGAGACUUCGAUAUCGUUACACCCCAAAACAGAGCAAACUCUCAUUCCAGUAAAACAGAGUUAACACAGUUCUAUUUAAAAGUUUGCUACAAGUCUUAACUAGUGCUUACUGCUGAGUCAGUGUCAGUGUUGUGAGCAUUAUGGUUUUGCAUCAUAGGACAAAAAUGUUUUUAAAAAAUUCAACGUUAUUCUCAAUGAGCAAGUAUCCAGGCUGGUUCCACCUAAUGCCUCCGCUCAAUUUAAUUUCUUUCCAGCGACUAGGUCAGGAAUCAGAAUGCACUAGACAGUUUGCAAGAACUCUAGAAGUUGUAGACCGCACACCGACCAAUCAGGUGUGAGCUGUGAAGCCAUGACGUCAAACUCAAGACUACGUUUAUCUGAAACAAAAUCCGCGUAUCACCGUAUCACUGAAUCGGAAACGAUCUGCGUCCAGACACGUUGUUUCUGUGUCCGCAAUCAAAGUUUUCCCUAUCCACACAGCUUUGAGCAGAUUUGUUUACAUUUUACAGAAAUUAAACUUAAAACCACAUGGCUAAUUUGCAUAAACAAGGUGCUCCAAAAAACAUAUCGGUAUUGUGUCGCUGAUGCGGUUCAGCUUCUGUCGGACUAAAGGACACGACUCAGUGGAAUAUGAGUGUUCUUUCUGUGACAGAGGGGUGUUCUGCUGAUGGUGAGUCUGUUCUGUGUUUCUGUCAUGUUGGAGAUGGUUCAUGUUAAACUUUUCAGAGAUUAUACGUCUGCAGAUCAGACGCACAGACCGUAUUUAUGAAUGGACAUGUAUUCUAGCCUCUUAGUGUUUUGGUGGUGAAUUACUUCGUGGCGCAUAGACCCACGUCAGCGUAUCAACGUUUUCAGUGCUGAAUCAGAUCCGUACUCAAAUUAAUUCAUAGGAGCUGGCGGCACCAGAUCGUUUUGUCUCUGGAGCCGUUUUCAGUCGGAUUAGUGUGAACGAACACUGCAUCCACAACGAAAAUGACUCAAAGACUGUACAUUCUAGUGUGGACGGGGCUAACGAUUCCGGAGAUCGAGGAUUUAAAGCGGGAACAAAGAGAAAGUUUGGUGAAUUUUAUCAAGGGGAAAGACGUUAUUGCCCUUUUUCCUGUGGGAUUUGUCGCAUUACAUACGUCACGACCAAAGAGCAGCGAUUGGUUAAAUAAAAAAGUACUCGCCUACCGUCGAGCGAACAAAUCCUAAUCCUAAUCCUAGACUUUAAUAUGAGUCUUGUUUGAACACAUCUGAAUAUAAAAAUUUAGCUGGAACUUGGUGAGCUGAUUUGUGCUGUUUAACAAGUCCCUCUAAAAUAAUAUUAGCCAACAGUUUUUCAUUUAGUCACUCUCGGCUUUUUGUUGAAAAUCAAACUCUUAAAACGGGACCGUGAACGCUCGGACUGAUCACACGCCCCUGAAAAUGUGCUCUGUAAAUGUGUUUUGAGUUUUCAUCUGAUCUUUAAAAGUUUUACAUUUUUUCUGUGUUUUCUAAAGUGUGCACUGUGUCACCGCGGUAACUGCUGAACAUUCUGCCACAGAUAUACAUGCAUUUCCCCCUGGUGUGGUGUCAUUGCACAGUAUCAGUCGCCUUUCAUGCGUAGGCAAAACAAAAAAGCACAUUUUGAGUUGUUGGUAGCUUUAAAUGAAAUGAAUUUUGUAUAGACGUUUAUAUUUAUUAUUAUGAUUUUUUUUUUUACAUGUCAGAUCUGUUUUUUUUAUUCUCUUUAUUGAGUUUUUCAGGUGUAUAUCGACAAUACAAUGUAACAUAGUUUAUUAAAAAAAGAAAAAAAUGAAAAAAAGAGUGAACAACAAGAGGAUAGAUUGAAUAAACUGUUUUCACCUCAGUAAUUACACGUUGUAUUUAUUCCGUUUUAAUGUUUUUGUAUUUUUAUGACACACUGUCUCAUGUAGCGAUGUACAAAUAUGACCUGUUUCAUUAAAAUGUUCCUCCAGUG